UUGCCUUGGGGGCGAGCGGCCUGAGCGACUCCCCAAAACUCCGUUGCCCUGCGUCUCCUCCCCGUGGGUGGCCAGGGCGGCCAUGGGGGUGAGUGAAUGCGGACCCUCCCCGGGCACAGGGGCUGCCACCGGGAGCCCAGGAGCCGCCUCUCGCGGGCACCAGGUCCCUUCCCGGCCCCUAGGAUGCGGGGUGCGGGGCUCAGGACUCCAGCAAGCAGCCUCCAUGAGGCUCUGGACCAGUGCAUGAUGGCUUUGGACCUCUUCCUCACCAAUCAGUUCUCAGAAGCACUCUGCUACCUCAGGCCCAGAACCAAGGAGAGCAUGUACCACUCGCUGACCUAUGCCACCAUCCUAGAGAUGAAGGCCAUGAUGACCUUUGACCCUCAGGACAUCCUGCUGGCUGGCAACAUGAUGAAGGAGGCACAGUUGCUGUGUCAAAGGCACCGGAAGAAGUCUUCGGUCUCAGAUUCCUUUAGCAACCUGGUGCACCGCCCCACCAUCGACCAGUUUACGGAAGAAGAAAUUCAUGCUGAGGUCUGCUAUGCAGAGUGCUUGCUGCAGAGAGCAGCCCUGACCUUCCUGCAGGAUGAGAACAUGGUGAGCUUCAUCAAGGGCGGCAUCAAAGUCCGUAACAGCUACCAGACCUACAAAGAGCUGGACAACCUGGUGCAGUCAUCGAGGUGUUGCAUGGGGGAGAGCCAGCAGCACUUUGAGGGAGGCGUGAAGCUCGGCAUGGGAGCCUUCAACCUGACUCUGUCCAUGUUGCCAACCAGGAUCCUGCGGCUACUGGAAUUCGUGGGCUUCUCUGGAAACAAGGACUACGGGCUGCUGCAGCUGGAGGAGGGCGCCGCGGGUCACAGCUUCCGUGCAGUGCUCUGUGUCUUGCUGCUGCUGUGCUACCACACCUUCCUCACGUUUGUGCUCGGUACUGGGAACGUCAAUAUCGAGGAGGCCCAGAAGCUGCUGGCGCCCUACCUGGAGCGAUACCCCAAGGGUGCCAUCUUCCUCUUCUUCGCUGGCCGGAUCGAAGCCAUUAAAGGCAAUGUAGACAAGGCCAUCCAGCGGUUUGAGGAGUGCUGCGAGGCCCAGCAGCACUGGAAGCAAUUCCACCACAUGUGCUACUGGGAGCUGAUGUGGUGCUUCACCUACAAGGGCCAGUGGAAGAUGGCCUACUUCUACGCUGACCUGCUCACCAAGGAGAACUCCUGGUCCAAGGCCACCUAUACCUACAUGAAGGCUGCCUACCUCAGCAUGUUUGAGAAGGAUGACUGCAAGCCUUUUGGGGAUGAUGAAGUGGAGUUGUUUAGAGCUGUGCCAGGCCUGAAGCUGAAGAUUGCUGGGAAAUCCCUACCCACGGAGAAGUUUGCCAUCCGAAAGUCCAGGCGCUACCUCUCAUCCAACCCUGUCUCCUUGCCUAUCCCUGCUCUGGAAAUGAUGUACAUUUGGAAUGGCUAUGCAGUGAUUGGGAAGGAGCCGGAACUCACAGACGGGAUACUUGAAAUUAUCAUCAAGGCUGAAGAGACUCUGCAGAAGGUCCCAGAGAAUGAGUACUCAGUGGAUGACAAAUGCCUGUUGAAGUUGCUUAAAGGCUUGUGUCUGAAGUACUUGGGCCGAACACAGGAGGCUGAGGAGAAUUUCCGAAGUAUCUCUGCCAAUGAAAAGAAAAUUAAAUAUGACCACUACCUGAUUCCAAAUGCCAUGCUGGAGCUGGCCCUGCUGUUUAUGGAGCAAGGGAAAAAUGAAGAUGCUGUCAAACUCUUAGAAACUGCCAAACAAAACUACAAGAAUUACUCCAUGGAAUCAAGGACACAUUUUCGAAUCCAGGCAGCCACACUCCAAGCCAAGACUUCCCUAGAGAAUGGCAAGAGAUCCCUGGUCUCAUCAGUAUCCUUGUAGCUUUGUGCAGCAUUCCCAGACAAAGCUGACAGAGUUCCAGGAAACAUUUCAAAAAUAUUCCUUACCCCUGCCUUGCCCUGCCUUUGGGAUCACUUGUGUGCCCAAGUGAAGGACAACACAGAUGUAUCCGUGCAGAAGUGGAGCCGGUAUUUUCAACAGUGUAGCCAAGGGCGUUUACCAAGGACAGAGCAGGUGGAGACCACGGACUGCCCUACACAUACGGGUCUUGUUUUUUUUCACUGUGAUGUUAAAGAGAAUGCAUAAAGUUUACAUUUUUCUUAGAAGUACAUUGAGAUGAUAGUUGGCUUUAAAAACAAAAA